UCUUUGCAAAUGAACACUGAUGUAAAGCUGCUAAAGGCAGCAUGAAACCAGAGCAAUCUCAAGGAAUACCAUCUGACCACCCAGAUGGCCAGCAAUAAAUCUCAACCGCGACAGCACAUUAAUGUCAAAGGCGAGACAAAAAUCAUGCCGCUCGCCAGAAUUAACAUUCAUUAUCUCCGAUAAUUCCUUUUAAUUAGUUUCGUUGUUCUACCUCUCGAUCAUUAUUUUCCGAAAAUUCCUUUCUCGAAAUCAACGAAUACCACGAUCACUAAUUUAUACUUCCACUGUUGUCAUUUUUCUUUGUAACAUCGUUAAACAGUGAUUAUGCAUUAUCGCCGAUCAGUCGCUUUUGCGGCUGCGUGAACCAUGCCUUCGGGUAAUUCUGCAUUACAUAGAAACAAAUGCUGUGUUUCGUAAAAAUGUUCCUCAACCACAAACAAGCUUGAGGUAAAAUGCUAGUGCAGUAUCUCGAAAGAAAAUGGUAUCUGACAAGUCGUUCUGACGGAAUAAUCCCAGUUUUUAACCCACAAUAACGUCCACAAUGUUCAAACGGAGCGUGAUGCGAUCUCCUGUGAAAGCCUGUGAUCUUUUUUAUCCUUUCUGCAUUUUUGGGCUGUUUAUCAGCGUCUCUGCUCAUAUACGGUUGAUGUAUCCUUUUCCGAGGAAGUACGCCAUCGACUCUCUAAAUAACAGAAUAAACCCAUACGGAGACUGCGGAAUGCCACGAGGAAGCGUGAACACGGAGAUCUUGAUGGGAAGUUCAUUUACAGUUACAUGGGCCGUUGGUCAACCACACGAUGGCGGACACCGGGUGGAGUUGCUGGAUAAAGAAUACAAUUUACUGGCCACACUCGUGCCAUCGAACGGAACAGCCGACGAAUUCUAUGGCAACAACACGGUUGCCAACAUGGCCCGCGUAACCCUGCCCGCCGACAUCUCCUGUCCACACUGCAUUUUGCGGGUGAUCAAACAGGGCGAGAUGACCCCUGACCAUGGCUCACCGUUCAGUUAUGUCUACCGGAGCUGCGCCGAUAUCGAAAUUGCCGAUAAAGUGUCAACAAGAAAGGCAAAGUGCUCGCACCGUGGUGUAUGGAACGGUACCGCGUGCCGAUGUAAUAAGCCAUUUCUGGGCAAUUUUUGUGAGUUUGAAGAAGAAUGCUUUGACGACAGUGACUGCGCCAACGCCGGCAUCUGCAUCGAUACACAUGCUCAGUUCUUUCUCAGACGACAGUGUUACUGUCCCCGAGGGUGGCUAGGACCCCGCUGUGCCACUAUGUCGGCGCACAAUAUUGUGACCUUUAACUCUUCUCUGUACCGAAAACUCGCAGCGCCCUAUGCGGUGUUUACGCUGUACUGGAGAGUGAUUAAGGUCACGCAUGAAGUGGAAUUUGUUGUUCAUGCCAAGACGAAAAAUUGGCUGGCUGUCGGCUGGCGACCGGAUGAUAUUGACGUAUCUUGCAGGAAAUUUCCACCUAUGGAUAAAGAAAACGUCAUUUCCCUAAAUGAUACAAAUGGCAGAUUAACGGUGAAAACUGUGGAUUAUCUUGGAACAGAAUUCGCUAAAGUGCCAUUACAUCCAAUGUCAUGCACUGAUGUGGUAUAUGCUAAUGCGUACGGAAACCUGUGCCGUCUUCGUGACAUGUACAUUCGGGAUUUUCACACUCCGGUGCUGGAUGAGACAUUUGGUGGUCAGCAAAGUUUAACGGCUGGUCAGUGCUCCGAAGACGACGGUACUGGCUAUAUACAGGCCAUGUUUCGCCGAAAAUUGAUCGCCAGUGAUCCGGCUGAUCAUUCGUUAAACACCGGGAAAAUGCAUGUGAUUUGGGCUGUCGGAGUAGAUCCGUACAUUCCUCCGCCGAAAAAUCGCACUACCAUCGACGAUAUUUACAGCGAAGCGAAAAUUAAGACAUUUUACCGGAAAGGAGAGUUGAACAGUCAUGCACAUUCACCGCGUACUAGAGGAAUUUUUAAAAUCGAUUUUCUACUCGACUUAUAAUACAGUCAACUAUAUCUGGUGCGUAAUAAUAUCGCUGAUUCGUAGUUCAUAUUGAACGGAAUUUAAUGACUAUGCUGUCUAUGCAGUGUUGCAGCGUCUGCAAAUGUUGUUAUCCUGGCGCCCGUUCAACAAUAUAAAAAAAAUUGAAUAGCUACGAUUUUCAGA